AAGGAAACUUAGCAACAUUAACAAACGACCAAUUCCCACGGAUUACCCUAUUAUACUACUGCUCCCGCCGUUUCCAAAAAAUAAAAAUCUAUUUUGACUUCAUAUAAAAUUUAAGAAAAUAUAAUAAAUUUUAGAUAUUAUUAUAGUGUUAAACUUGCAUUAAAAUAUCAUCUAAUCUUAUGCUUUUAAAUAUUAUAAAAUAAAUAUAAAAUUAAAAUUAAAGUAUCAUGAAUUAAAGAAAAAUAAGUAAUUAUUUUUUAAAUGAAUAGAGUAUAUCGGAAUUAAAGAAAAGUAAGUAAUUAUUUUUUAAAUGGAUGUAGUAUAAUUUAUGUAUACUUAUACUUGCGCAUUAUAUAUUAUACAUACAUUACUCAGCAAAUUUGUUCACCAAAAAUAUUUCAUUUGACCAACUUUUCUUGAUUUCAUCAAACAUCCUUUUAGUAACCAAAUUUUGUUAGAUUUUCUCUUUUAUCAAACCCCUUUUCGUUUUUUUUGCUGUUAUAGUUAGCUAUGGCCAAUACUGAUGAAUCGAACCCACUUUUACCCAAUCAACAACCUGAGUUAAAAGAUGAUGAAAAGACCAAAAUACCCCUUUCUUCCGCCGCCGCCGGAACAACCCCAGUUCCGCCGUUUCCGGUGAAGCCUGCUGCUCCCAUGGGGUGGACAGCUGAUGGGGUUCCCGUGGUUGAGCCGAUGAUUAUGCGUAGUAGGGAUCAGUGGGAUUCUGGACUUUGUGCUUGUUUUGGAAGGACUGAUGAUUUUUGCAGCAGUGAUAUUGAAGUUUGUCUACUAGGAAGUGUGGCCCCAUGUGUGCUCUACGGGAGCAAUGCCGAGAGACUUGGUUCAACUCCCGGGACUUUUGUCAAUCACUGCUUGCCUUACACUGGCCUCUACUUGAUUGGACAAUCCUUCUUUGGCUCGAACUGUGUGGCGCCUUGCUUUACAUAUCCCAGCCGUACAGCUAUCCGCCGAAAGUUCAAUCUCGAGGGGAACUGCGAGGCACUCAACAGAUCGUGUGGGUGCUGUGGGAGCUUUGUUGAGGAUGAGAUGCAGCGCGAGCAAUGUGAGUCAGUUUGUGACUUUGCAACUCAUUUCUUCUGCCACCCUUGUGCUCUUUGCCAAGAAGGUCGUGAGCUGCGUCGUAGGCUUCCUCAUCCUGGUUUUAACGCCCAACAAGUGCUCGUUAUGAUCCCACCUAACGAGCAAACCAUGGGCCGAUAAAGCAUGAGUAUCUUGCUGUCCGAGUCCAAGCCAUUUCCUGCUUGGUUUGAUUUGUAUCCAUUUUCUUAAAGCUUCUGAACACACUUGACUUUUUAAUAGUUUCACCUCUUAUGUAAAACUUGAAGAGACCUAUACGUGUUGUGUUUAUAAUGUAUUAUGUUGCAUAAAAGAGAUGGAUUCUGCAAUAAUAUUUGUGUUGCUUUGGUUAACA